GUCGGUCGCGCGUACAGGAGCAGGUCGCGCGUACCGGAGCAGACUUGGAUUGAAAGGGGCGAGGGUGUUCAAGACCCUCGACAUAUUGUGGCAGGGCUGCUUUACUUGGCCGGCGCUUGUCUUGUCUAUUGACGAACCGAGACCGAAACAAGAUGGCGCGUAUCACGGCUGUGCGGGUGGUGGCGUGUGCGGCGCUCUUGCUUGCAUGUGGCGUGGCCGAGGAUCACGACUCUGCUGUCCAAGCCUAUCUCGGCGACAACUCCACGAGCUGUGCCGCGCAGCCAGCCAGCUCUGGCUGCAAUGACAUGUUCAUUGAAGUUCUCUGCGCCGAUGCCUGCAGCUCAGGGGUAUGGCCAUGCACCGAUCAGGAUGCCCUGCUCAACUCGUAUUGGGCCUCUCAAGUCAAUGCCAAUGAUGGCAUCAUGAGCUGCAACCGCGCACGGGCCGCCCUCGCUUGUGAAGAGGCCGUCGUGGCUGCCCUCUGCCCCACUACCUGCCUCAUUUGCUCCAACAACAUGACUGCCAGUAUGGCCGAGGCGCAAGGCAUUGACACAUUUGUAUACGAGUACAAUGCAGAGGUAAUUAAAGCAGAGCGCCGACAGGCCCUUUGGAAUUGCGCUCAAGACCGCUACAACGACAACUUUGACUGCGCCAGUCAAGAUGUUCGCUGCCCCGUCUACUGAGCCUUCACGAGUCACUCUCCCCCACUCCAUUCCCAUUCGAAAGCAACUAAAGAAUUUUGCGUCGCAUAGUUCCAUGCCUCGAGACGGCUCUGCACUGGCUCUUCUUGAUCUUGCCACCCAAUGUUCGCCACUUGGCUUUGCCUCAACUUUUGCCGCGUUGCUUUCCCACUUCGGUUUUCGUUUUUCGGCUUUGCUCCACUCUUCCUGGUCUGGUAAUCCCAACAGGACCAGAGUCACCCAAUACCAGCCAUAAUUGACAGUUGUGUGAAUC